AGCGCAAGGUGCAGACGAGGUCCAGGGCGGUUCCUCCCGCGCCACGCCUCACUCCUGGGUCUCAGCGGGACGCGCCGUUGCUGUGGCAGCGCCUGACGCAGCAAGAGCAGUGGCUGCUGUGGCCUCCUUCUCUUUCUCCAAAAGCCUCCCCGGACCCCAAACUCGGGCCCAGCCUAGGCUCCUCCAUGCCACGGAGGAGACGCCACAGCCGGGUGAGCGCCCAGGAGGGCGGCCGGGAGGAAGAGGCGCCCCCAGAAGUGGCAGCCUUGCUCUCAGCGCAGUCGCAGUCCCCACAGAAGUUCCAAGAGACCGCCGAUCCGGUUUUGCUCCGGGGCAUCUUCGAGAUCCGGAGGGGCAGCUGCGACGUGGUACUGAGCCAACGGGCCCUGAAGUGGCGGCCCAUUCAGCCCGAGCGUCCGGCGGGUAAUUAUAAAUUUGAUUUGCUAUGUAAAGAAGAAUCUCUUGAGCUCAAAAACAUAUUCUCUGUGAAGCUGAAGCGGCGUUGCUCUGCUAAGCAGCCAAGAAGUGGGACUUUACUAGGCAUCACACUUUUCUUCUGCCUGAAAAAGGAACAGAACAAAUUAAAAGAUUGCACCCUUGAUCUUAUUAAUUUAAGUGAAGACCACUGCGAUGUAUGGUUUAGACAGUUCAAGAAAAUUUUAGCAGGUUUUUCAAACAGGCCAAAGUCAUUAAAAAUACUCCUUAACCCCCAAAGUCACAAAAAAGAAGCUACCCAGGUCUAUUAUGAGAAGGUGGAACCUCUGCUAAAGCUUGCGGGGAUAAAGACUGAUGUCACAAUAACGGAAUAUAAAGGACAUGCUCUGUCCCUGCUUAAGGAAUGUGAACUCCAGGGAUUUGAUGGUGUUGUAUGUGUUGGUGGAGAUGGAUCUGCUAGUGAAGUAGCCCAUGCUUUGCUUCUCAGAGCCCAGAAGAGUGCUGGGAUAGAAACAGACCAAAUCCUAACUCCAGUCAGAGCACAGCUUCCACUCGGCUUAAUACCAGCAGGAUCUACUAACAUAUUGGCACAUUCUCUUCAUGGGGUCCCUCACGUAGUAACUGCAACUUUGCACAUUAUAAUGGGGCACAUACAGCCAGUUGAUGUCUGCUCCUUCAGUACCACUGGCAAGCUUCUUCGCUUUGGGUUUUCAGCCAUGUUUGGCUUUGGUGGUAGAACUUUGGCUCUUGCGGAAAAAUAUCGAUGGAUGUCUCCUAGCCAACGGAGAGAUUUUUCUGUAAUAAAGGCACUAGCAAAACUUGAGCCAGAGGAUUGUGAAAUAUCAUUUUUACCACUUAAUGGCUCUCAGGAUGACCCAAAAAUGAGGGCCCAGGGAUUACUCAACUCUGACUGUAAUGAUCAAUGGAAAAUUAUCCAGGGUCAGUUCUUGAAUGUCAGCAUUAUGGCAAUUCCCUGCCUGUGUUCAGAGGCACCUAGAGGCUUGGCACCUAAUACUAGAAUAAACAAUGGAAGUAUGGCUCUUAUAAUUGCACGAAACACUUCUCGACCACAAUUUAUAAAACACCUGAAAAGAUAUGCCAGUAUAAAAAAUCAGUUCAAUUUUCCAUUUGUUGAGACUUAUACAGUUUUAGAAGUAAAAGUUCAUCCAAGGAACACCACUAGUAGCUACAGCCCAGAGGAGGAUAGACCGCAUGAAGCUACUUUAGAAAACAGUUUUCCUUGGAAUGUAGAUGGGGACUUAAUGGAAGUUGCAUCUGAGGUCCAUGUCAGAUUACAUCCAAGACUUAUCAGUCUUUAUGGAGGAAGCCUGGAAGAAGUGAAUGAUUUCCAAGUAACAUGUAAUUGCUUAUAAAAGAAAUGUGCAAACUAGAAUUUUAA